CACAAAGCACCAGGUGGUCAGGGAACAACUUGAGAAAGGAGGAGGCCAUUCACGAGCCUGUUUUAGCUACACACAACUAGCUACUGUUAGCUAGCCGGCGGCUAACGAGCAAGCUAAAACAUCAGUUUGUCUUAAUGUCGCCUGUCUUAUCAAGUGAUGGCAGGAGAACAGUGUUCACAAACCGAAGCUGAACUCUAUUACCUCAUUGCCAGAUUUCUGCUGUCUGGACCUUGUAAAAAAUCAGCACAGAUUCUGAUCGAGGAGCUGGAGGAGUAUGAGUUGGUCCCUGAACGAUGGAGUUGGGACGGGAAGAAAUACAAACGGACCUUCCAAGACUGGGUGAUUUUGAACCAGCACAUUCCUGCAGAUUAUCUGCUCCAUGUUUGUCAGCGGAUAGGCCCGCUUAUAGAGAAGGAGAUCCCACCUAGUGUUCCUGGAGUCCAAACACUUCUAGGACUGGGAAGACAGUCCUUACUUCGUACCACAAAAAGUUGUAGCCACAAAGUAUGCAGUGGCUCAGCUGUCGCUGCACUCCACCGAGGACGUCCACCAGAACCUCCAGUCAGCAAUGGAGACACUCCCAAUGUUGUGUCCAUCAUGGGUGCUCGCCAGGCCACAGGCACAGCUCGUUUCGGCCAGGUCCUGCCGUCUUCCUCCUACCAGCACAUGAAGAUACACAAACGUAUCCUUGGCCACCUUUCUUCAGUCUACUGUGUAGCCUUUGACCGCACCGGCCGUAGGAUAUUUACGGGUUCUGAUGACUGCCUGGUGAAAAUCUGGUCCACAGAUGACGGCCGGCUCUUAGCAACACUCCGCGGCCACUCCGCAGAGAUCUGUGACAUGGCCGUCAACCACGAGAACACCCUCAUUGCCUCAGCAAGCUGUGACAAAACCAUCCGAGUGUGGUGUCUGCGUACCUGCGCACCCAUCACUGUUCUGCAGGCCCACGGUGCCUCCAUCACAUCUAUACAGUUUUGUCCUGCUAUCAAAGGGACAACGCGGUACCUUGGCUCCACCGGUGCAGACGGCAUGGUGUGUUUCUGGAAAUGGCACUCGCUCAGCAUGAAAUUCCACGAUCAACCAGUCAAGUUUGUUGAGCGGUCACGUCCAGGAGUACAGGUCUCCACUUCAUCUUUCAGUAGUGGUGGUAUGUUCAUGGCUACUGGUGGCACUGAUCAUUUGAUCAGAGUCUACUACCUUGGUGCUGAAACUCCUGUGAAGGUCUCUGAAAUGAAUGCACACACGGAUAAAGUUGUAGUCGUCCAGUUUAGCAAUAACAGUGACAGCCUAAGGUUUGUGAGCGGCAGUCGUGACGGCACAGCCAGGAUCUGGCAUUACCAGCAACAAGAGUGGAAGAGUGUCACUUUAGACAUUGCUGCCAGGCUGCCGGGGAGUACUGUCGCAAAUGGGGAUGAUAAAACCAAGCUGGUGCCGACCAUGGUGGCAUGGGACCGUGCAGACCGCACUGUCAUCACAGCAGUGUCAAACUACCUGCUCAAAGUGUGGAGCACAACCACUGGACAGCUGCUGCAUGUUUUAUCUGGUCAUGAUGAUGAGGUGUUUGUGCUCGAGGCUCACCCAUUUGACUCCCGCAUCAUGCUAUCUGCCGGCCACGAUGGCAACAUUUACAUGUGGGACCUCGCCAAAGGAGCCAAGAUCCGCAACUACUUCAACAUGAUUGAAGGACAAGGCCACGGUGCUAUUUUUGACUGCAAGUUCUCCGCUGAUGGACAGCAUUUUGCCUGCACUGACUCACACGGCCAUUUGCUCAUCUUUGGCUUCGGCUGCAGCAGACCAUAUGAGAAGAUUCCUGACCAGAUGUUCUUCCACACGGACUACCGACCUCUUAUUCGUGACUCUAAUAACUACGUGCUGGACGAGCAGACGCAGCAAGCCCCACACCUCAUGCCUUCCCCCUUCCUGGUGGACGUUGAUGGAAAUCCUCAUCCUCCUCUCUACCAGCGCCUGGUGCCAGGAAGAGAGAACUGCAAGGAGGAUCAGCUAAUACCCCAGCUAGGAUACAUGGCUAACAGUGACGGAGAGUUGGUUGAGCAGGUACUUGGCCAGCAAACAGCAGAAAACAGAGAAAGCCUUUUGGACAAUCUGAUCAGACAGUUGCAGGAUGAGCAGGACGAGCGUGAGAACACAGAUCAGCCUGAAGAAGCAGAGGGUGAUGAAGCAGAGGGGGAGGCCUCCUCUCCGUCUUCUGAACCACGCAGAAGUGGGCAGGUGGACGGGGUGUGGCAGAUGCAGCACAAUGCCCUACGUAGUCAAGUGGCCACCGAGAGGGACCUGCUGGCCUGGAGCCGCAGAGUGAUGGUCAAUGAAGUGCCGCAAGGGAUAUCCAGAGUUUUGGAGGAGUGCAGAAAAGCCAAAGGAGACAUGGAAUGUUCUCUAUACAAUGCAGAGAGGAGGAAGAAACCAUUAUCCUGCACGCCAAAGAGCGAUCUGCUGACUUCACGCCUGCGCUCCCUGCGGCCGACCAAGAAAAAGCAGCAGCGCCACGCCUAUCAGACCCGCUCAGCUCAAGAACGCCGUCCUAGGAGCAGGAGUCGAAAUUCCAGCAACCGACGUGGCACUGACAGCCAGAUGGACUCUGACAGCGACGGGAAUGCUGCAGAACAGGUGGAGCAAAGCGAAGCCUCCUCAGAUGGUGAAACUCAGUGGCAGAGUGAAAGCAGCUCCAGUGACUCCUCCAGUGAGUAUUCUGAUUGGACGGCCGACGCUGGGAUCAACCUCCAGCCGCCAAAGCGACUGACCAGGAAGCCCGUACAGCCCCAAGGUUAUAGCAGCUCGGAGGAGGAAGAAGGCGAUGGCAAGGCAAAGGAGGCCAGGAAGAGGGACAAUGAGAAGAGGAAGAAGCCUAAGGAGACCAAACGGAAACCCACGUCCUCUCUGGCUGGACUUGAUGCGGAGGAGUGGCUGCCACCAUCAUGGAUAAUGGAGACCAUCCCACACCGCUCUCCUUUUGUUCCACAAAUGGGAGAUGAGCUCAUCUACUUCAAACAGGGCCAUCAGGCCUACGUCCGUGCUGUCCGCAGGUCCAAGGCCUACAGCAUCAACCCUCAGAAACAGCCGUGGAACAGACUCGACCUCAGGCGCCACCAUCAGGUCAAAAUUUCAGACCAAGAAUCUGUGAAGGUGGUUGGAAUUAAAUAUGAAGUGGGACCUCCUACCCUCUGCUGCCUAAAACUGGCUUUCUUGGACGCAGUCUCAGGGAAGAUGACCAACGAUUCUUUCUCCUUGAAGUACCAUGACAUGCCUGAUGUCAUAGAUUUUCUGGUACUGCAGCAGUUUUACAACGAGGCUAAAGAGCACAACUGGCAGCAAGGUAUGAGGUUCCGCAGCAUCAUCGAUGACGCCUGGUGGUUCGGCUCUGUGGAGGAUCAGGAGCCUCUGCAGCCAGAGUAUCCAGACAGCCUGUUUCAGUGCUAUGCAGUAAAGUGGGAUAAUGGUGAGCGGGAGAAAAUGAGUCCCUGGGACAUGGAGCCUAUUCCCGAGGAAGCUGCGUUGCCUGAGCAGGUGGGUGAUGGCGUGGAGGUGGCAGAGGAGGAGCUAAUGGCUCUGCUUUACACGCCUCAGGAAGGAGAAUGGGGCGCUCACACACGAGAUGAAGACUGUGAGAGAGUCAUCCAUGGAAUCGAUCAGCUUCUCACACUAGAUGUAGCCAAGGCAUUCGCGUCACCAGUAAAUCUGCGGGACUACCCUCUGUACUGCACUGCCGUUGCUUACCUCACUGACCUCAGCACUAUCCACAAACGACUGGAGAACCGCUUCUACAGGCGGAUCUCUGCAUUAAUGUGGGAGGUGCGCUAUAUUGAACACAAUGCCCGCACUUUCAACGAACCCCAGAGCCCCAUUGUAGCAACUGCCAAGGUGGUGACUGACAUUCUCCUGCACUACAUUGGGGACCAGAGCUGCACAGACCUCUUGGAUCUGUAUCACAAACUGAGGUCUGAGAUCAGCAGUGGAGGAGAAGCUGAGGUCGAAUUGGACGUGGACUCUGACACUCCGGGCACAUCUACAGGACAGCGGGGAGCCGACCAGAAUUCCAAGAAGCGUGGUGUGCUUUUGGAUGUGAAAUUUUGGCGAGGUCAAUGCAAAGAGCUGGUGCGUCGAAUGAUCGUCUCGCCAGAUUCAGAGGCGUUCAGGCAGCCCGUGGACCUCUUUGAGUACCCGGACUAUCGAAACAUCAUCGACACUCCCAUGGAUCUGUCUACAGUGUCAGAGACGCUGGUCGCAGGGAAUUAUGAAAGCCCGAUGGAGUUUGCCAAAGACAUGCGCCUCAUUUUCAGCAACUCAAAAGCGUACACGCCUAACAAGAAAUCACAGAUCUACACUAUGACCCUCAGCUUGUCGGCCGUCUUUGAAAAAAACAUCAUCUCCAUCAUCUCCGACCACAAGUCCGCCAUGCAGAAUGAGCGGCGGACUCGUCAGAGACUCAGUUACAGGGACAGAAUGCACAAUGGAGGCAGCUCCCCACCUAUUAGUCCAUCCCCAAGCCCUAAAGGGAAGCACAAGUCAGGGAAGGUGUCGAAGCCAAAAAAAUCCCAGACCUCAACGAAAAAUCGUUCUCAGAGAACACAUCAGGCUCAGCAAAGCAGCAGUGUAGCAGAGGAGGAGGAGGAGGAGGAAGAGGAGGAGGAUGAUGAUGAGGACAACCAGCCUUCUUCGCCAAGUUCAGGGACGAGCAGCGAGAGCAGAAGCCAAGGGCUGCAUCGUGUGACCCGCAGCCAGGCGACUCCAGUGAAGAAGUCAGGCCACCAGCGUAACCUGCUUCUAAGCAACGGCUCCAGACAGCGCCGCGGGCGGGAUACGCCGCAAUCUGACGAUGAUGAUGAUGACGACGAUGAUGAUGAUGAUGAUGAAGAUGAAGAGGAGGAGGAAGAAGAGGCAGUGGUGGUGGUGGCAGCGGCGGUGGUGGCGGCGGCGGCGGCGGCGGUGGCAGCGGCAUCCGGAUCCAACAGCUCCUCGUCGGAUUCAUCCUCAACCUCAUCAUCCUCUUCUUCCUCUUCGUCGUCAGACAGCGACAGCUCAGACUCUGAGAUGGAGAAGUACGUGGAAGGGGGGGAUCACGACUACAGCAAAGCGCCCUGCCUGUCAGUACGCGUCUCGGCUAAGGGUAAGGUGGCGGCCUCAGGGAAAAGGAGACACAAAGGAGGAGAGGACGCGGCACAGAGACCUAAAAGAGCACGAGUGGAGCUGCCGGUAGAGGAGGAGGAAGAUGAGGAUGAAGAGGAGGAGGAGGAGGAGGAGGAGCAGCCGCAGCAGCAGCAGCAGCAGCAACCGGUGGAUGUAAGACAUGAAGGGAAUGAGGGAGAGCAAGAGGAGGAGGAGGAGGAAGAGGAAGAGGAAGAACCUGAGGAAGAGGAGGAGCCGGAGGAGGAGGAGGAACCCGAGGGGCAGGACGAUGAGGACAACUCUGAUGAGGCGCAGGAAGGAGCUGCAGCGGCACCAGCAGCAACUGGCCGUAUGAGAGGCAACCAGUGCAGGUCUCGGCGGGUAAGCACGCGCAACCAGGGCCGCAGGACAGUCCUGUACCGGGACGAGUCAGAGGACGAUGGCCAUGGGUCGAAGGAAGACCCCCUCAACCUGGGCAGGUCCCGCUCAGGACGGGUACGUCGCAUGACUGAGAAAGCCCGUGUCAGCCACCUCAUGGGCUGGAGUCAUUGACCUCAAUAAAAAAACUGUUAAACAUGAGUAAUACUUCAGGGAUUAUUUUUUCUUUUUGUACAAGUGUAUAUAUAAUAUAUAAAUGAUUUUUCAUUUUUAUCUGAGACUGCUUAUGACUCUCAAACUGAUAGCUGGUGCUCAUGAUGUGUUGCCAAGGAGGAGUUUCCUUUCCUGGUCCACAGAGCCACUGUUCAACACGAACACUCUCCAACUGGACUAACUCACCUCGGCCUUACUGCUCGCUGGAGGAGCCUUUUAAGAUGCGGCGCUGCUCCUCUUCCUCGUGUGCGUUUCACGUCCAGCACUAAACACUACACCCCUCUGUCUCCUCCUCGUCCCUCCCACAACUUUUCUUACUCCUGGUCACCAAAGAAGGAUGCGGAGAUGCCAAAAAAUGGUGCUCAUAUUUUACUUCUCUGUUGUUUUUCCUCAACGAGUAAUCUUACAAAACUCUUCGCGGUAGUGGUUCAGUCACGACCACAGUGAGACGUGUGCAGUAUCACUUAAGACCACCGAUGUCAACUUUUUUGGUACUUUCCUCACAACCACAAGCCUUAGUUUGCAGAGCUCGCGUCAUUCAGAUUCAUCUGUGGCUCGAGUCCAGUGUAGUGGGCACUAGCAAUACUUGGGGUUCAGAGUGACUUCAGUCAGUAGAAUACAGUACCAUAGUAAUAUCUCAACUCCUACAGCGCUCGUCGGACAACUUGAUGUCCUUGGCCUGUGAAUGUUAAAUGUUUUCCCUGCUUCCCUGUCGUGGUGGUUACUGUUUUUUUUUUCUGGCUCUUCAAUUCUGUUAUUUAGUUAGAAUUAGGUGCGGUUUUUUCUUGCUAUUUUUUUUUAAAGGGUAAAAGUGAUUUUCUGGGGUACAAAAGCCACUGCCUCCUGUUUUGUAUUUUUUCUGUCGUACUCCCUGGUGGAUCAGACAUCCAUUCAUUCAUGGUUGCUUCCAUCACACCUCCACUAAGCAUGUGCAAAAAGCAAGGGGUCCCUAGUGUACUCUCUUCCACAGAAAUAUUUAUUUUUCCAUUGUAUUAUAUCAAGGUUACUUUUUCGUACGUUAACAGUGAUGAGGAAAGUAUUUGCACAUUUAUCUACUCCUCGUGGCAGCUGAGUAAUAAAAAUAUUGGAGAAAGAGAUGAUUUUUGUGUAAGAAUGUUUGAAUGUGCCAGGACACAUUCAGUCUUUUUUUUUUCUUUCUUUUUUUACUUUGAUCAAGUUAAACAGGAUAAACUGCUUUCAACGUGUGUGCGAUGAAGCUGAAGGUCUCAUCUGAUCGGCAAUCCUUAUCAUGCUUCUCUUUUUAUAAAGCAAAGGUAGCAACAGUGGAUAAGCCCUUCGUUAGUAUGUGGUGCCAUUUAUUCCCCCCUUGUUUCUAACCAUCUAUGGACUGAUGCGUUUUCUGGCUCCGGGUAGAUCAUCUGCACGUAAUACUGCUUUUUCCACUACAAUCAGGUGUUUGUGUCAGAAUCACUGUGUGUAGCUUUUUCUGCCUAGUUUUUUAAUUAGUGAUUCUUCAUUGUCAAUCAGCUCGUCUUUCUCAUGGAAUUAGAUACCUUGUUGUUGUACCAAUAAUGUUUACUGUGGUUGUUGGUUGGUAAAUCAUAUGAGACAGCAGGAGAAACCAGGAAAGCUGACUCAUAAAUGAUCAUUUCAACACUGGGUGCUCUAAUCCGAACACACCUCCUCAUCACUCGCUGACGUAAGAGAGAGGCUUUGGAGGUUAUUUUCUCUUUUUUUUUUUUUUUGAGCUGAAGAGUUUGAGUGUCAGGUGCUCAGAUAUAAAAACACACAAAUCAGCAUCAAGGGUGCUCCAGGCGGCAGCAUUAACCGUCGUCUUGAAAUGAUUCUGGCCGAGUGUGAGAAGACUAUGAUUCAUAUUUUAGAAUCUUAUUUUCAUAUAGUACAUGGCUCUUGAAGCGUCAGAUUAGUUGAAGACAAAAUACAACUAUAACAUUCUACUGUAGGUGGAUUAAGAUACCCGUCUUUUAUACACAAUGUUUUGAUUGUAUGUGUUUUCUUUUUUAAUAAAAAUAAAAUUGGAUUUCUCCUUAAA